AUGGAAAUCCACCAGCUGAUCUUACCUGGUUUAAAGAUGACAAGAAGAUUGGUGGAAGAGGAAAGAAAGAACACAGUGGAACGUACAGCAAAACCAACAGUGACAUUCAGUUGUCCUGAUACCACGACGCUAAAUGAAGGUGAUGACUUCAGCUGUCUGUGUGAAGGUAAAAAUGGAAGUCCAGCAGCUGAUGUUACCUGGUUUAAAGAUGGCGAACAGAUUGGUGGAACAGGAAAGAAAGAACAAUUGUUGACUCUCAAAAAUGUUGAUAAAUCAGACAGUGGAACCUAUAAAUGUGUUGCUGAAAGUGACUCUAAUGAGAGAUAUAAAGAUGAAAAAACAAUGAAGAUAAUAGUUCAAUUCAAACCGAGGAAACCAGAAUUAACAUUCACAAGUAAUCUAGCUCCACUUGGUGGCUCAUUUACCAUAUCAUGUUCAUCUGAUGGUGUUCCUGAACCAAGUUAUAAAAUAACCCAUAAUUGUACCGAAGUCAGCACUGAAAAGUCGUUAACCAUAUCUUCAGUGAAGUGGAGUGAUGCUGGAAGAUACGAAUGUUUUGUAAAUAAUAAUCUAGGAAAUGAUUCAGUCUCUAAAGACUUGAAAGUAACAGCAUUUCAAGUUGAUUCAACUUAUCAAGAACUGGAUCUUAAAAAAAUGAACAAGGAAGAUAAUUAUCAAUCAUUGAGUGGGAAUGUUGCAGGAAAUGACGGUGUAAAUAACGAUGAGUCAAAUUAUGCAGAGUUGAACAAAACCAGAGAUGUCGAAAACAAUUAUCAAUCUCUAAGUUGA